AGCAAACAUGGCGGCUGCUAGCUAAAACAAGCAGUGAGCACCUUCGUGUUUUACUGUCAUUAUCAGCGGGAAACGACCAGAAACGGUGAAUAUUUUCACGGACAAACACUGGUGGGAGUUAUAUUUAUCUGUCCCUGCUGUUUUCUGGAGUCGUUAUCCGGUAUGUGAAGCUGUUUUUUAACGUCAGACAAACCGAAGUGAACCGACACAACAACGGGGAGCUGAGAGUCAGUCGGUCCGUUUGUUCCUCUCCCCGUCCGGGAUGUUCCCCAGGACAGUGGACAGCAUCACAAAGUGGGGUGAGGUGUGAGAAAGGAGCCGCAGGCUGGAUCUGAACUUGGUUGUCCCAGAGGAGAACACUCUCUGUACAUGUGGCCCAGACAAGACCUCUACACUUCCAGCAUCUAGAUCCUUUUUUCUCAAGCUAAAUAUUGUCAGGUAAUCUCUGAAGUAGCCCCUUGCUCUGUCUUCCCCCCGCCCCCUGCUGCCGAUGUCAUCACCGACAGCAAACUCCCCUGCCGCCCCCCUCUCUCCGGGGUCAUGUCUCGCACCCUCCACGGCCCUGGACUCCUUAUCUGUGUCGUCCCUCUUGUCAGGGGAUUUAGACGAUGAAGGAGACGAAGGAAGAGGAGGAGGAGGUGAAGAGGACGGUUUAGGAGACCUGGAGGUGAACCCCUACGACGGUUUACCGUUCUCCUCCAGGUAUUAUUCUCUGCUGGAGGAGAGGAGGAAGUUUCCGGUGUGGAGGCUGAGGCAGAGUCUGCUGGAGCACCUGGAGAGCCACAACAUGGUGCUGCUGAGCGCACCGAGCGGGGCGGGGAAGAGCACGCAGGUCCCUCAGUGGUGUGCAGAGUUCGCACUCUCCUACGAGUUCUCUCAGGGUCUGGUCUGCUGCUCUCAGCCGUACUCGGUGGCGGCGGUGAGUCUCGCUCUGCGAGUCGCUGAUGAGAUGGACCUGAGUCUGGGCCUGGAGGUCGGUUACCGAGUGUCUCAUGAUGACAGCUGCACACCGGACACCAUGCUCAGGUUUGUCAGUGACACCCUCCUGUUAGAGGAAAUGAUGUCAGACCCCCUGCUGCAUCAGUACGGCAUCAUCGUUCUGGACGAGCUGCAGGAGCGGACCGUCCCCACAGACGUCCUGCUGGGUCUGCUGUGUGAUGUCUGCAGACAGAGACCUGAUAACUUCAGGGUUGUCCUCCUCACUCAUCCAACGCUCACCCCUCGUCUCGUCGCCUUCCUGGGACCGUCAGUCCCCCACCUCAGUCUGGACAGCGUCUCUGCGAAUAGAGAUGAGGAAGCGGGGGAGGGGGAGGAGGAGGAGAGGAGGCCUGUGCAGGUGAACAGGGUGGAGACGUUGUACCGGGAGCUCUCGCCAGGGAAAGAUCCGGUUUCUGCUGCGUGUCACAUGGUGCUGGAUCUGCACAGGAGGGGCGAGGAAGGAGACGUCCUGGUGUUUCUGGCCAGCGCACAGGAAACAGAAGAGUGUUUGGCUCUUCUGGAAAAAGAAAGUGUGGCUCUGAGUCCCCAGCUCGGAGCUCUCAGGAUGGUUCCCCUCCAUGCUGGCCUGGGGGGGUUGAUCCAGCGGGUCUAUGAAGCUGAUUCUUCCACGCUGAAGGAGAACGACGGCUCUGGGGGCGUGGACGGCUCGGUGCUAGGAGCUGGAGGUCCACCGGGAGUCAAAAGGAAAAUUAUCCUCACCGACACGCUGGCAGAGGCUUCCUUCUCUCUGCCAUCGAUCCGCUAUGUCGUAGACACAGGCCUUCAACUCAAAACUGUUUACAAUCCACAAAUCAGAGCAAACUCUCAGGUUCUGAGGACGAUCAGCAAACGUCAGGCCGACAUGAGGACGCAGAGAGUCAACAGCCUCCUUCCAGGGCUGUGUCUCCGUCUCUACCCUAAGUCUCUGUAUGAAGAAGGGAUGGGGGAGGCUCACUGUCCCGGUGUGAUGGAGGAGAACCUCAGCCACUUGGUGCUGCUGCUGAAAAGACUCGACAUCGCUGACAUGGGGCAGUGCAAGUUCCUCGACAGACCAGCUCCUGAAGCUCUCAUGCAGGCCCUGGAGGACCUGGAUUACCUGGCAGCUCUGGAUGAUGACGGUAACCUGUCGGAGGUCGGCAUCAUCAUGUCGGAGCUUCCUCUGGAGCCGUCGCUGGCUAAAGCGUUGAUCGCUGCCUGUGAAUACGACUGUGUGGAUGAGCUGCUAACCAUCGCUGCUAUGCUAACCGCGCCGUCGUGCUUCGUGACAGCAGACCCCAGCAGAGAGGAGGCGGCCGUCACUCACUGGAGACCUCUGAUGCACAUGGAGGGAGAUCACCUGACCCUCGUUAAUAUUUAUAAAGCCUUCAUAGAGCAUAACCAGGACGAGGCGUGGUGCUCCACAAACUUCCUGAGUCACACAGCCUUACGAUUGGCUGUGGUGAUCAGGGCGGAGCUUCUGGAGGUGAUGCAGCGGAUAGAGCUUCCUGUUUCUCCUCCGGCGUUCGGAUGCCAAGACAACUGCACGAAUAUCAAACGAGCGCUCAUCUCAGGAUUCUUCCUCAAAGUGGCUCACGACGUGGACGGCUCAGGUAACUACCUCCUGCUGACUCACCGCCACGUGGCUCACCUCCACCCCUUCUCCUCCUACCUGUGCCGUCAGCCGCAGCCCGACCCCCCCAGCUGGGUGCUGUAUCACGAGUUCACCAUCUCCAGAGACAACUGCAUCCGAAUCGCCUCUGAGGUCCACCCACAGAUGCUGGUGGAGCUGGCCCCUCAGUACUACCUGGGUAACCUCCCCUCCAGUGACGGUAAAGAGCUUCUGAUGGAGCUGAGGCACAGUCUGGAGCCGCCGUCGUACGAGCAGGACGGCGAGUCAGAGCAGCAGAGCUGGACGCACAGAGACGGCGGGGAGACGAGCACGGAGCUGUGCGUCAUCCAAUGAGAUGGAGGAAGAAGGAAAAUGUCUCAGGAGAGGACACUAAACACGCUGCAGUCACUUUAAUUUGUAAUAAAUCUGAUUUUAAAGACUUUUUAAAGAAAUGAACUGGUAAUAUAUCGACAUGCAGUGGCUUUGGAAACACUUUCCCCUUUAUGUUGUGUUGACAAAAUUUUAGUUAGAGUUUUUUUAUUUAAUGAGGGAUUUCUGUGUUUCUGUCUGUGGGUUGUUGAAUUUUAAAUUGUAGCACAACAAAAAAAAUUAUAAAUUGUCAUUUUUUCCCCCAUUUUAAAGCAAUAAGCACUACAGCAGAGAGUUAACAGACGUCUAUGCAGAAGCUCCUCAGGCCUCACUGUGAUGAAAACGCUCGCUGUCAUGAUCUUUUCCAUCCUUUUGAUACCGUUUGUACGAUGUUUCCUGCUUAGAUCCUCUCUGCCUUCUUCUCUCCGUCUUUGUGUUGUUAUGAAUCUCUCUAAUCGUCAUAUUUAAAAGAUUAUUCCGUCAUAUCUCAUCUGAAUGGGUUCUCUCUGCACAGCUGCUUUCUUUAAAACUCUGGUUCUUAACUGGUCUAACAUUAGGAGCUACAGCUCCUCACAACACAAACUCCUGAAUAGUUCCAACCAAUCAGAUUCAUUUGAGAUAAAUGUAGCAGUCCUUAAAGCCGGCGUAUACUGUGGGACAGGACGGCUGAUGACAUCCCGACCAGCUGCUCCCGACUGGUCAGACGGAUUUCUGACAUAAUUUAUAUUCUGUUUGUACAGCUGCACAUUCUAAUUAUGAGAGCAGAAUCAUCAACGUAGGAGCUUUUUUUCGUUCUAAACUGUCUGACAGCAUCUAAAAUCCCCAUGAAAACAGCAGAAAUUCAUGCUUGAUGUGCCUUCCCCGACUAUAAGAAACAAACAAGCAGGAAACAGGCCUACCUGUGGACCUCCAGCUGACAGUAAUGACGUGCCGUUCAUGAACAAGUCGAUUCUAAGAGCCGACUCUUUAAUGUGAACUACAGAAGCCUGUUUGCUGUUAAUAAAUCUGCCCCAGAAUAAAAAUGUUUACUAUAAACCUCUCAGCCACAGGCACAGGUUCAGCUCAGUGGUUAAACAUUCAUGUGUUACACCAAACAUCAUGCAAAGAAGUUUUUAUUCUAGAUGAUUUAUAGUUUGGUUUUAUUAAAGUGAUUAAUUUCAGUGAAAUAAAUGCAGCUAAAUCAGGUCAAAAUAUUGCUAAAUGUGACUGAUUUUAUGCCAAAUACCACCAUAAUAACCGCUCGACCAUUAACCCAGAGCAUCUCCACCAGAUCCAAAAAUCCCAGGAUUAACAAGAUCAGUAUCUCCAGAUCUCAAGAAAACGACCCAAAUGUACCAUCACAGGAAAAAUUAAGAUAUGGAUGUGCUUCCACUUUGGGUUUCUGUUCAGGAUCAACUUUGAGCCAUGUUUUUCCCUCAAACGCACAUUAAUUGCAUUCCACUGAAGAAGCUCAGCAACCCUCAUCAGGGUCCCAACCCACCAGUUGAGAACCACUGUUUUAAAGUCUUUCUCUGCUGUAUCACAUGCUGUUAAAGGUAAUCACUGUCUCGUAUUAAAUACAAUCCUCAG